UGGUCAACAGAAAGGAAACGCUUAAACCCUUGUCACUACCGAAGCGCUCUCGCCGCUUUCUUUCUAAAACCCAAAAACCUAGCAUCUGUCUCUCUUCCAGUCGGAAGUUGAAACACAGCCAGCCACAAUGAGAAAACCCAUAUCAAAGACCUCCCGCAAGCAAAAGGAACUUUCGGAGCUCCAAGAAAUCGAGCUUCUGAAAUCAUGGAUUGAAUCCCAGCAACCCGAAUGUGGCUCCAACCCCAUGUCUCUUCCUCCUUUGCCCUCCGACGCCCCCGUCGGCCGCGUCGGCCCCACAAUCUUCUCGCGCUACGCUGGUGCCACCAGGUUCGACCAGUUGCCCAUCUCUAAGAAGACCAAGGACGCCUUACGCCAAUCCAAGUACAUCGAAAUGACCGAUAUUCAGAGGGCGUCUUUGCCCCACGCUCUAUGUGGCAGAGAUAUUCUUGGUGCCGCCAAGACUGGCUCGGGAAAGACUCUGGCUUUUGUUAUACCGCUUGUGGAAAAAUUGUAUAGAGAGAGAUGGUGUCCUCAGGAUGGGGUAGGCAGCAUCAUACUAUCUCCAACAAGGGAAAUAGCUAGUCAAACUUUUGAUGUGUUAAAAGCGGUUGGGAAGCACCAUAAUUUUAGUGCUGGCCUCCUAAUUGGUGGUCGCAGAGAUGUUGAAGCAGAGAAGGAGCGCGUAAAUGAGCUGAACAUACUGGUUUGCACUCCUGGCCGGCUUCUUCAGCACAUGGAUGAAACUCCAAAUUUUGAUUGUUCACAGCUUCAGGUCUAA